AUGGGUACGAGUAUAGACACCAAGGACAUCAAAAACGGCGGUGGACUAUCCCACGUCGAGAAUGUUCACUACGGGGAUUCUCGCAAUGUCAAUGCCAAGAUAUGGAACCCUCUAACUGGUAUCCCCAAGAACGAACUGCUCUCUCAGGUGACAGCAUUCUGCGAGGAAUAUGGCUUCCAGGAUAGAAGGGAUGUCUUCAUCCGAGGAGCCCUGGCCGCCCAGAAUGCAAACGACUACGACACGAUUCCAGACCUGACAGACGAGGACAAGUACUUCCUCCAGCGAGAAAAGACGCACCGCUGGCACCUCCCUCGGUCCCUGUACUUCACCAUCGCGUUGUGCUCUCUGGGCUCCGCCAUCCAGGGCUGGGAUAACACGGGUGCCAACGGCGCCAACCUCUCGUUCCCCGUCGAGUUUGGCAUCGAGGACAACGGCUGGCUCAUCGGCGUCAUCAACGCGGGGCCCACCCUCUUCGGCCUGAUCAGUGCCUGGGCCGCCGAUCCCGUGAACAACCUCGUGGGUCGGAGGGGGACCAUCUUCCUCACCGGACUUUUCUGCAUCUUCCCCGUCCUCGCGCAGGCCUUCACCCAAAACUGGUGGGGGCUCCUCAUCUGCCGCCUGUUCAUGGGUAUCGGUAUGGGAAUCAAGAUCUCCACCAUCCCCGUCUUUUCUGCAGAGGUGGCGCCUGCUGCCAUCCGCGGUGGUCUCGUCACCAGCUUCCAGAUGUGGGUGUCUUUUGGAAUGUUCAUCGGAUACUGCUCUAAUCUGGUCUUCUACCGCGCCGGUAAGCUCGCCUGGAGGUUCCAGCUUGCAGCAGCAUUUUUUCCGGCCAUCCCUAUUGUCAUUUUGGUCUGGUGGUGUCCAGAAUCCCCCCGCUGGCUCAUGAAAAAAGGUCGCUACCAAGAGUCGUUCGCGUCCUUCUGUCGACUGCGAAACUCGGAAAUGCAGGCAGCCCGAGACCUCUACUACGCCCACUGCCAGGUCCUUGAAGAAAAGGACGCCUUUGCGGGAGUCAGCUUCCUCCACCGUGCAUGGGAGUUGGCUGCAGUUCCCCGACUACGGCGCGCAACCAUUGCCAGCGCCUGGAUUGUCAUCAGCCAGCAAUUCUCCGGGAUAAAUAUCAUGGCAUUCUACAGCUCCACCGUCUUUGCUGAGGCAGGAUACUCGACCCUCAGCUCCCUCCUGGCCUCCAUGGGCUUCGGCAUCGUCCUCUUCGUCACCUCCAUUCCCGCCGUCUACACGAUGGACACGUUUGGCCGGCGUAACCUUCUCCUUGUUACCUUCCCCAACAUGGCCUGGUGUCUUCUGGCUGCUGGCCUGUGCUUCCUCAUGCCCACUAGCAAUGAUGCGCGCGUCCCGUGCAUUGCCUUUUUCAUAUAUCUAUUCACUGCUUUCUACGGGCCAGGCAUGGGCCCUCUACCAUCCAUAUACUUCUCUGAGGCAUUCCCCCUGUCCCACCGAGAGCUAGGCGCAGGUUUCACCAUCUGCGUUAACAACGCCGUCGGCAGCGCCCUAAGCUUGACUUUCCCCUCGCUCCUGGCCAAGACUGGUCCCACCGGCGCCUUUGGAUUCUAUGCUGGUCUCAACCUGUUGGCAUUCUUUGUUAUUUUCUUUAUCGUUCCAGAGACUAUGAAACGCACACUCGAGGAACUCGACUUUGUCUUUGGCGUGCCCACGAGCCGUCACAUCUCCUACCAGGUGAGAACGUGGCUGCCGUGGUGGACCAAGAAGUACAUUCUGUUCCAGCGAGAUGCCAAGCUUGAGCCUCUGUACAAGCUAGACGGGGCUGUAGAUGCGAACCAUGAUGACGAUGCAUAG